AGAUUUUUAGGAGAGUUGAAAAAGAAAGUGACCAACAAGGCACACGUUGAGGCUUCAAUUUCUCAAGCGUAUCUUCAACAAGAAAUCUCAACGUUCUCGUCUUUUUAUUUCGAGCGUGACGUCAUAACCAGAAGGAAGAGACCUGCCCGGAACGAUGACAUUGGCAAGGAUUUAUAUGAAAAUGUAGUUUCCAUCUUCAAUUACUCAGGCAGAGGUAAAGGUGCUGUGACACAACGAUACAUACUCGGUGGGGAAUUGCAAAUUGCACAUUCUUAUAUCCUCAUGAAUUGUCCAGAAAUCUCACCGUUUUAUCAUGAAUUCAGAGCUUCUUUAUCAGCCUUUCCUGAGAAUCAAAUUGAUGCAUUGGUAGACUCUGAUUUUGUAAAUUGGUACAAGUAUCAGAUCAAUAGUCGUGGGAUUGUCGACCCUUUGUUAGUAUCAUUAGCGUGGGGCCCUAGUGCCAGUGCCAAAGUGUGGCGGCAAUAUGUGAUAAACGGUUACACAUAUCACACAGCCGAUUACGGAGAGGGCCGACCAACAACGAACAGCGGGUUAUGUGUCCCGACCAUUUUAACAUUUAAUUAUGGAUCUUAAGCCUUUUUUCCAAACUGUAGUCGGGGCCUGAGAAGAAGAAGGUCUUAAUUCUCAAGGUCAUCAAGCACUGCUGGACAAAGCACGGCGAUGAGUCCGAUGCCGAUCUGCCACCCCGCCUCGCUGAAAUUGAAUCGAAGUAUAACACAAAUGUUGAGAAGAGGCGGGCAGAAUUAGGCUUGACUCAGGAGGAUGAGAUUGAUUCUGAUGUGGAGGAUGAUGCCAUCUUUGAGGCAGUUGGGGUGUACAAGGGACGGGUCCCGUGCAUGGGGGCUGAGGGGCAACGGAUCUUGUACGACCGCAGCGGCGCUUCAUCUUCCCGAUCAAGGCGCGGAGAGGAUCCGCGUAUCGCUCAAUUGCAGCGGGAGAUGGAGGAGCAGCAGCGGGCCUUGGAUGAGCAGCAGCGUUGCUUGGAGGAGCAACGCAAAAAAGAAGAAGAAACAAGGGCCCGGCUGGAAGCGAUGGAACGGAUAUCAAUUUCAACUCUGCUACCGGGUUGCCUUCAUUUGGUUCUAUUCAGGAGGAGCCUCAGCGCCGGAAUUCGGAAUCAGCCUCAGCCUCAGCCGUAUGUACUGCACCCCGAGCAGACUCCUCAAGUUCCGCACAUGGGCGGUUAUUUGCGUUCCAACUCUGCUACCGGGUUGCCUUCAUUUGGUUCUAUUCAGGAUAUCAAUUUUCACAACCUGUUUCAAACAUCUGGAGGCAGCCAAACAGGAGGCAGUCGCGGAGGUGGCAGUCGCGGAGGAGGCAGUCGCGGUGGCAAUCGAGAAGGCCAAGCUGGAGACAACCGAGAAGAUGAGACCGAAGAAGAUUAUCUAUAUGAUGAUUCUAGAUAUUAUCAUAAUGGUAGCCGGAGGAGCUUGUAAAUGAUAUACAUUUUUAAUUGAACAUUGUUUAUUUACUAUAAUUCUAUUGUGCUUAAUUAUUAUUACUUUUAUUUCAGUCUGUUUGGUUAUGAAAUGUGUGUUCUAGUA